CCCGGUGAUCUCCAGUCGUCUAGCAGCUGUCGCCUCGAGUGCACGUCUCCUCCAGUGUUAUCUGCCGGCUUGCAUGCGCACUUAUAUUAUUAUAUAAUUUAUUAUUUCUAACCAGUGUUUGUUAUUUAUUGACCUCGACUGGACUAUUGGCAUUAUAGAGGCAUCUCUUGUAGAGCGCCCCGUGAGGAGCCCAUUGAGGCAGAGAUCCAAGCGCAGCAGAGGAUUAGCAGCAGCCACGCCGUCUACAUCAGCGAAGCUCGUGGACACCAACGAUUUGAUUCCCAUUCACUGAAGAAAAGUCACCAUGAGCAAACAUGAGAUGGGAAGGUUUAACAUUGCUCCUGACGAGGACAGCAUGAGCUCAAACAGCAACGACGACUUCAAUUAUCCGCAAUAUCCGGCCAAGAAGCUCUCUGUUAAAGGCCAUUAUGAUAUGGAUCCAGAAAACCAGAAUUUUCUGCUUGAACCCACUCUGGCAAAAAAGAAAUGCGAGACGGAAUAUCUCCCAGGUACUACAUCGUUUGGCAUGUCCGUAUUUAACCUCAGUAAUGCCAUCGUUGGAAGUGGAAUUCUGGGUCUUUCAUAUGCCAUGGCUAACACCGGGAUUGCGCUUUUCAUGAUCCUACUCUCCUCUGUGUGCUUAUUUUCUCUAUACUCAAUUCACUUAUUACUAAAGACUGCAAAUGAAGGAGGUUCUUUAUUAUACGAGCAACUGGGAUUUAAAGCAUUUGGUAUUUUUGGAAAAAUUGCAGCUUCUGGAUCAAUCACCAUGCAGAAUAUUGGAGCUAUGUCUAGCUACCUCUACAUAGUGAAAUACGAACUGCCGCUUGUGAUCAAAGAAUUAAUUGGCCCAAGUGUUAAUCUUAAUGCAUGGUACUUAGAUGGAAAUUAUUUGGUUGUGAUGGUCUCUCUAUUCCUCAUUCUUCCUUUGUCAUUAUUAAGAAACUUGGGAUACCUGGGCUACACAAGUGGCUUUUCCCUGUUGUGUAUGGUCUUUUUCCUGAUUGUUGUGAUCUACAAGAAAUUUCAGAUCCAAUGUGGUUCUUGGCUUGAAAAUGAUGCCAUGAACAUGACUUUGAACAACACAAUAUACCAUCUCGCAACAGAAGGCCACAUGCACAAUGCAGAGCUCAACCAGACACACCAGGAUGACCUAUGCACACCAAAAUACUUUGUAUUUAACUCUCAGACAGUGUAUGCUGUGCCCAUCCUGACCUUCUCCUUUGUCUGUCAUCCAGCUGUCCUUCCCAUCUACCAGGAACUUAAAGGACGCAGUCGUAAAAGGAUGAUGAAUGUUUCAAAUGUGUCAUUCUUUGCCAUGUUUCUCAUGUAUCUGUUGGCGGCUGUUUUUGGAUACUUGACUUUUUAUGGAAAUGUUGAACCAGAGCUGUUACACACAUACUCAAAGAUUGCAGGAGGAGUCAUUUUUGUAGUUGUACGUCUAGCUGUUCUUAUUGCUGUCACCUUAACGGUUCCCAUUGUUAUUUUCCCGAUCCGCAGCUCCAUCACCCAGCUGUUGUUUUCAGGAAAGGACUUUGCAUGGUGGCGUCACAUUUUGAUCACCUUUGUGAUUCUGGCAUUCACCAAUGUUCUUGUCAUCUUUGUUCCUACUAUAAGAGACAUUUUUGGAUUUAUUGGUGCCUCUGCUGCGUCUAUGCUGAUUUUCAUCCUCCCAUCUGCUUUUUAUGUGAAGUUAGUGAAGAAGGAACCCAUAAAUUCUCCUCAAAAAAUUGGAGCUAUUUUGUUUCUUAGCUGUGGAUUUGUGGUGAUGAUUGGAAGCAUGGCCCUCAUUAUCGCUGACUGGGUGCACGUUGCAUCUUCUGAUGGCCACUAGGUGACUUGGUGAGGAAUGUAGCACUUUGCUUAAAGUGGAUCUGUUCACUCCCAAGCUUUCUACUGAAAAAUGAAAACCAUUUACUUGCAGUUUCACUUCCUUCAAGAUACUAUUAUUUGUAGAACUACAGAACACUUGAGACAUUUAGUUCUACACCUCUAAAAGGACAAUACCACCCUUAAUCUUAAGGGUGACACAUGAGGAAGCAAUUUCAUUCCAUUCUGGAGAAUGGCAAAAUUAUCUAGACUUUACUGAAGCCACAUGGAUGGCUGUUGUCAAUUACUGUUACUUGUUUGUUAAUACUUGAAUGUGCCUACAGGAACCAUUUGAUGUGAGUAAAUGUUAUAUUGCUAUACUGUUAACAUGGCAAGUGGACACAAUCCCCUUUUUAUGAACCAAAAAUGCUCAACAGAGUCAAGCACUUCUAAGGGGAAGAAUCCACAAACUGUGCUUAUGUUUAGAAAUCCUUGUUGGUUUCCUUCAGUAUCUUUUCAACAUAAUCAGUAUUUUACUAAUAUUUUGUCACGUGGCACAAAAUGACCAUUCAGAAAGUCUGACUGAAAGACUGCUCAAGAUUUGUUCCAGACAGUCACUAUUGAACCUCUUUGGAUAUUGCAGGUUACUGGCAUUUUAUUGUUUGUGAAGCUUAAAAUACUGCAUUUAGCACUGACAUAAAAGCCUUGUAUAAGAAAUUUUUGCCUAGGCAAAACGCGAAGUCCAUUCAUCGAAAUCCUAAUCGACCUACUAAGCUCAGUAUGAUCCAAGCCUGCACUAUAUUACUGCAGGUAAUCCUAGCAUGGUACAAAGGUGAGAUAUUUAAAUGGCUAACUUAUUGAAGCCCAUGGCAGUUUACAUCAUUUAUAUUGUGUCAAGUAUUUAAAGCGUUAUUUAUAAAAUACUGAAUUGCUUGAGGAACAUUAUAAUUUUUUCUAGUUUUUAAUCAUAAACCACAAGUCCUACCUUGUUACAUUCAUAAAAUGUUUUACCGUGUACAUUCUACAAAGUCCUUGUUGCAUUUCUGUAGGCUGUACUGAUUUCCACUGCCAGAGUAUGUGACGGGUAUCGGAAAAGUUCUAGCCAGGGGUAGGUUAUAGCAGGUGGCGAUUACCAUAAACGUUGAUGCCAAAGUCAAGGGUUUUAUGUGAGUGAUAGGGUAGUAUUGCUAUCAUCUGAAGUGUUCCUAUUACAUGUUACAACUGGAAUCUACCAUUUAGUAGAAGGAAGCAAUGUUUAGAUUCAUAUUUUGCUUCAGAUCUCAUUGAGAUUACGAAGUGAAAAUGCUGAAUAUUAAGUGAAAAUAUGCUAUUUCUGAAGUGCAUUUGCAAGGAGGACAUCUUGGCUCAACUCAUGGCAUUCACAUGGCAGUGUUUUAUGUAGCCCAUUUCUGCCCAUCAGGGGGCUACACAACAAACUGACAGCUAGUUCAGUGACACUGUGCAGUUAAGACAUAGUUUCAUCUCUGUGAUGUAGACAGUGGGUAGCCUUUCUGCUGUUGCUACUGCAACACCGGCACGUCACUAAUGUUCUCACAGGGAAUGCCAUAAAGUCUGCCACUUAUCCUUAAAGGUACAACACACUGAUACAGGCAUAUCAAGCUAGGUCACUGAUGCAGUAUAAAGGUCAAUAAUAACACUUCUGACAUAAAUCCUGUUAGAAAUAUUCUUAGAAUUAGAAAUACAUGAUCUAUGUACACUACAUUGCUAACAGUAAUACGAAUAUAUGACCUUUGCUAUGCGUGAUAGUCCAGGCAGACCCCCUUCCUCAAAGCAAGCAUUUCAUUGUUUUCACCUCGUUGUCUUCCAUAGAUGAAUAUGAACUCGUAUGUCCUAUUUAUACAACCAUGGCUCAUCAAAAGGCAACCUAUUUUUCAAUAUUUAUGAUGUUUGUAUAGUAGAAAUAUGUACAUAUAUAUAAAUAGUCUGUAAAAUAUCUUUGUAGAUACAACCCCUUUUUAUUUGUCAUGUAUGUUUUUGUUAAAAUCAUUGUCCUUACAAGACAUGCUCAGAAUAUUGAAGGGAAACCGAACCUUAAAAUAAGUAGCAAGAUCUAGUAAAAUCAAGAAAAACUAUUGGCUUUUUGUCCAUAGUGGGCUGUUAACGUUUUAUUAGAUAUCUGUAUACUUCCACAAUACGUUUCAUGUAUUAUUACGAAACACUCCCUUUCUUGGUCAAACAGAAGACAUAAUAUAUUAUUGUGUAUCAUCAUGUAAGGCUUGCCAUACAAGUUGGAUGUUGGCCAGACUCUAACCCCCCCCCCCCCUACAGAUAAUGCUUGGCUUGGGUGAGCGUGCAUGUGUUCUGAAUGGGGAGCAGUGAGAAAGCCACUUUGGCGGUGGGCUCAUCUCUUUAGAACAAAGGGAUCGGGUAUGUUGAAAACCAUCAAAUUUGAUCUCCUACAACAUGGAUGUCAAACUCAUGGCCCUCCAGAUGUUGCAAAACUACAACUCCCAGCAUUCCCUGAUAGCUGCAGUAUGCCCAGGCAUGAUGGGAGUUGUAGUUUUGCAACAGCUGGAGGGCCACGAGUUUGACAUCCCUGUCCUACAACAUCCACCUUCAGGGAUGGUAAGCCAAUCUUGCCAGAAUUGGUGGGUUCAGCCGAUAUGCGUCUAAUGAGUAUGGCAGCUUUAGAAUUUGUGAUUAACUGAAAGUAAAGUGAAAUCUUAUUAAAAGGAUUGAAUUGUCCCAUAUGGAAUGAUAGGUCAGUCCACAGCACCUGCUGAUAUACUAUCUUCCAAUAAAUUCAUUUCUAUCAGAUAUCUUUUAAAAAUAACGCCCAUAUGAGCAUUAAUACUCAGUUGAUAGAUGUAAUUAAGUUUUUGUGUAACACCAACUAGUAACGCAGUUCCCAACUUGGCAUGUUCUGACUUAGACACUGAAAGGUGGUUAAUUGAACAGGCAAAAACCUUGACACCACCGACAUGUUACUGUAUAUAGAAUAUUCUAACUGGAGAAUAUAGUAGCUGCUUUUUAACCUAAUGGGCAGUGUAUUUGACAGUAAAUACUCCUCAUGACUGUCAUUCACGCAACGAUGCCUUUAGGCUCCCUUGACAAUGUUACAUUCACUGAAAGAUGAUUGAGUUGUUCUAGUAAGGGUUAUGACUGCACCGUCGUUGCCUAUUUUUUACAUCGUAUGUAUGGCAAUUCAAAUGAUGGUCUAAAAAUGUUUGACAGUUUAGGGUCCAUUGAUGUAAGUAAACCAUUGAUAUCUUUUACAUUAACCUUUUUUUUAUUUCUGGAAGUUAUACAUAUUGUCUACUUUUGGUUUAUCAUGUUGUGCUGUUUAACACAGGGAUCCGUGCUAUAAAUGUUUUAACCUCUUCUGUAUAAAUGUAAAAUACGACUAUUGUUAACGCCAGCAGUUCAAUUAGGCCUGUUGGUGAGGUCUGAGUUUCAAUGAAACAUUGUGUGCUUUUAAUUGACCUUAAAUAAAUCUAUAAUAUGAAUUGCA